GGCUCGCUUUACCGCAGUUAUGGCGGCCGUCGAGAAACCUGCGGAGGCCAAUCCGAGCCCGCAAGUGGGGAUUAAAGAAUUAGCGGAACCUGCCCCGGUGAUUGGCAAAGACAAUGCCAAGGAAAGCCCCAUGGAGAACCUUCUGGAGAAGCUGCGAGCCAAGGCCAGCCAGUACAAGCCCUGGGGGGACAUGGCCAAGGCGUUACGCAUGGCACUCAUGGAAAAGCACCACCUUGUGGACAGUGCCGACCGUAACCGCCUCCAGAAGUGUCUCGACACAAUCCAGAAGUCCAUCAAAGUCACAUCCAUGCAGUCCAUGAUUGAGCGACUGGACACCAUCACGAGACAGCAAGGGUUGAUCUUCACCACCGGGCCGGACGGUCAGGAGUGUUUUAUCAGCUCGGACAUGUUCUACGUCGAAGUGCUGCUCGAGACGAGUGGCGAAGUGAAGGAUGUCAAGAUUGCUCACCACGGAGACCCCGUGAGCUGUCCCGAGCUCACCCAAGUACUCCUGAAAGGCGACUUUGCGGAGUUCACGAGCCACCUGGAAGGCCUGGCCUCAAUUUACCAGCUCAACGCUGACAAGAAACAAAAGACGAAGGCGUACCUGGCACUGCAGGCGCUCGAGACGGACCUCAGCAACGUGUCCCAGCUGCAAAGUUUCAUGAACGAGCCCAGCAACCGGGUACACAAAUCGCCCGUCGGCAUCCUUCAGCCACGCAAAGGAGGGCACCCCAUGAAGCUGACUUUCUUCAUCUCACCUUACGACCUACUCGACCUCGAGAGCAAGUCCUCCAUACCCCUCACCGUCGACGCUAUUCUGGAGAAGCAGCUUGGGCAUUCCGUAUCCGUCUGCAUCGAGAGCUCCUCGGCCCACAAGUUGCAGACAAUGUCUCUCAUCAGUGUCACAAACACCCCGGAGGGGAAGAAUCUUCCAUCGUUUGCUGCCCUGAGCAAUCUGAACAGCACCACUCUGCCGGCCAGCUUUGUGCUCAAGCUGCCCCAGCCCAUUCCCAUGGCCUUGGCCCUUGUCAGGAAGAUACAUGCCAUCACUAGCAUUGAGUGUGCGGACACGACCUGCUGCCAGUCCCUGCUGUCACUGAUCAUCACACAGGCCUCAGAGGGAAAGCUUAACGGCUCCAGCGAUCGUGGCCUCAAUGUCACGCUGCCGGACCAGCACCACUGCUACUACCUGUCUGGCAGCCCCGACCUGCAGGGCGUCCUGGUGUCCGGGGUCCAGUUCACCCACCCGACCCACGUGCCCCAGAUCCUGGUGUUUCUGCGCCAGCAGCUGCUCUUCAACUCUCUCAUUGCCAGCUGCGUACGCCCGGCCAGCCGCCAGAACGCGGAAUCCUCCCACAUGUUUGAAGUCAGCACAACAUCGAUAUCCAACAUCAGCAUCUCAUUUGAACAUCCCUUGGACGAAUCUCUAGCAACAGUGGACUUGAAUUUGAACGAGAUCACCAGCGUCAAGUGCCGCAUUUACACGCUGAACAGCGACAUCAGCAUCUGCAGCGACGAGUAUGCCAGCAAGGUGAUGCAGAGGUGUCUCUCCAUCCCGGUGACAAUGCGAGCAGUGAUCCGCAAGGCCCAGGGCCAGCGGAUGCGCAUGUCCAACCAGACGGAUUCCUACUACAGCGCCCUCAACAGCAACGGCCCAUCCUACCUGCCCCACCUUCCUGGCUAUGGGGGCGGGGCUGGGGGUGGGGCCUUUGGGUCCGGGGGGCCGGACUUUGCCUCGGGGACGCCUCCCCCCAAGGUCGGGGGCGGCGGCAACAAGACGGCCGGCGACUCGGAGCCUUACGACGACUCUGAGCCGUACGACGUCGGGGAACAGCGCGGCGGAACCCUUGGCAGCCUCCUGGGGCAGGGCGGCGGAGGGGCGGGGUUUCAGCAGCCAGGGGGCGGGCCCGGCAAGCAGUCGGCCCAGCCCAACAUGAUGCUCAUGAGCAUGCUGAGCGAUGUCCCCUCCGCGAGCUCAUCCCCGUCCCCCUCGCAGCAGUCCUCGUACCCUUUUUUAAGCCAGGCCAAGCCUCGGAAGCAGCGCAAGAGAAAGGCGACGUCGUCGGAUGGGCGGAGCCCCAAGCGGAAGGCGGGCGUCGAAGACGACGGAGGGGGCGGGACGCCGACACCCGCUGACCUGGAGGACAGCACCAGCAUCUCGCUGACGUCGUUCGAGGGGCGCCAGACCCCCUCGGGGGACGCCCCUUCGUUCGGUAAAGGGGACGGCGGCCACACUCUCCCAGGGGAGCCUUUUUUAGAGGCUGAUGCGGGGCAGAAGAAGGCGGCGCUUCUGAACCCCGCAGAAUCGAGCAGCGUGGAAGAGUUCAACCAAAGGAGGCCGCUCCAGAGCCCCUCCGAAUCCUUUCGGGGGUUUCUGGGUGAAGGCCCCCCAGGGGAUGCGGCCGGCGACGACUGCAAGCCGGGGACAAGGGCCCUGCCGGCAUCGCAGCGCCCGUUGGCGGCGCCCCCCCAGUGCCGCAAGAUCAAGCGGGUCAAGAGCGAGGAGGGGCGUGGGGAGGAGCUCAAGUUAGAGCGGGAAGGCUCGCGCUCUCAGGACAGCGGUCCAAAAAACUUGCUUCCCGGUGGGGACUCCGAGAGACUGUUGGCUAGCUCCCUGGGCGGGAGCGUCGCUUCGGCGGCCGGCAAGUCCCACUCGGUGUCGCCACCGGUUAUCGCCACCAGUUUCAAGAUUGAGAAGUCGGGGGACGGCCUGAAGAUCUCCAAGGCAGAGGGCAGGCAGGCCUCAACCAAGGGCCGGGACCCCAAGGGUAGGGACAACCGCAAGGAGCGCAAGCGCAAGCGGGCCGAGAGCGUUGACCUCUCGUCGUCCCACGGGGCCAAGCUGCCCUUCGACACCUCCUCCCUCGACUCGGUGCUGCAGGCCACCCUCCUGCCGCUCGAGUCCGGGGAUGGGGCCCUGCACGCGUUCAACCUCACCAUGAAACCUCAAGGCUCCGUCAGUCCAGCAUUGGGACAGGCGGCACCGGCGCGUGUCAUGGGGAAGAAGUCUGGCUCCCAGGGCUCACUUCCGUCGGGCGGCAACGGGAAGUCAGACAAACCGAGUAAGCCUUUGUCCGGCGCAAAGACCAACGAGGCGGACGGACGCCUGGCAACGUCACCUACGAAACUCCUCAAGCACAAACCGAGCGCGGGGCCGCCAAAGAGUGGCACGGGGACCUCCGGGGGGCCCGCGUGUUAUGCAGGCCAGCCAUCCCUGGUGGGUCCCAACACGUCACCCUCAAAGCCCUCUUCGAAGUCGGCGGCGGCGGCGCCACCGGGGAGCACCCUCAAGUUAAAGCACCUCAACCUGCCCUCCUCGACCACCAUCACCCCCGUGGCACCCAAAGUGCAGCCGGCGCAACUCCCGUCGCCCUCGUCGUCGUCUGCGGCCAGCAUCACCAUCGUGCCGACCGGCGGAGCGUCCAGCAACAACCUGAACAAGCCACCGAAGUCAAGGAAAGGGUCCCUGAGCGCGGUCAUUGCCAAGCUGACCAAUACGGCAGCGCCGUCCUUCCCUCCGGUCGACCCUUCCUCCGGCCCCCCGAGGCUUGAGGGCGGGGUCAAGUCUUCCGAGAAGAGGGACAGCCCAACCUUGGGCAAGGAGUCCAAGGACAAGGAGGCCCUCCUGAAAAACUCUGAGGGGAAGAUGAAGUAUUCGAGCUCGGACCAGUUCACGGUCAAGCAGAGCUCUGGGAUCAAGCUGACGGUCACUAAGACGUCGGGCACUUACAAGUCGUCCUCGAGCAAGGCCAAGAUGGGCAUGUCCUCGUCCAAGGCAUCCGCCGGAGUGUCGUCGUCCUCAAAAGCAAAGGGCACUGGGAGUUUGAGUUCGGCAUCGAGACCACCCGGUGCACCGGGUGGGCUAGCCAAGAAGCCUUCGUCUCUCUCGAGCUCCUCCCUGUCGGGCUUGGGCAGGGCGCCUUCUAAGCCGUCUCAGAAGUCUUCGUCGCCCAACACGACCAACCCAGCAAUCUCGCAGAACCCUUUGAAUCCGUCGUCCGCAUUGAGAGUCAGCAGCAGCAAUAACAAUAACAACAACAACAGCAACAACAACAACAACAACAACAACAACAACAAUGGGAGCGGUGGAAACUUCACGAAAGGACCCAAUGCGGUCAAACAGAAUGCCGUUCCGGGGAAGCCAUCUUCCGGAAACCGGAGUGUGGAGAAGAAGGGUGAGGGCCGGUGUUCGACACCCACGACAGAGAGAGUGAGCUCAACGCUCGAAGCAAACCUCAUGCCCCCGCCGCCACAGUCCAAGACACCCACCUCUGGAAGCACACCCAAGCGACCGGAUGAGUUUCCGGGUGCCGAAGAGAAUGAUCCGGACCGGGCGCUUCGACUGCUCCUGUCGCAGCCCAAGGCCAUGGAAAGCACGCAGCCGCUGGAGCAGUGGCAGCCCCUGUCGCUGAAGUCGCAGACGCCCCCUUCCGUGGACUCUUCGGUCAAGCCGGACUUCGAGGACAAGACACCCUGGGUGAGCAGCAGCACUGACGUCAAGCCUAACAAUAGCAUUGCCACGGUCGUUGCCAAGGCGCCCCUGGAGAAUGGACCGGACAGUGCCCUCACACCGACCGACCUGUCUUCGUCUUCACCGCGGUUCGAGCUUAUCUCCAGCACGCUUGAGGAGGGUGCCAACACGACGACGCCGUCUUUCAAGGCCCUGCCGUUGCUGCUGUCGGCUUCGGCUCCGUCCAAGCUGCCGGCCAAGACGAAGCCAACCAGCGAUGAAGACAGUAGCCCGGAGGACGGUCUGGUCAUCGACUUCCCGGAGUCCAUUGACAGCAAGAAGGGAUCCUCAUCCCUGUCUUCAUCAAGGGCGCAGAGCCCCAAGGACGGCAGUGGAGGGGGGGGAGGAAGCCAGGAAAGCGGGACAAGUCUCAAAGCGGCAGUUUCUCCAGGACCGGCGCUGAGCGCGAAGUCGCCAUACUUUACGGCGCAGUCUCCGUCGCUCAAGUCUCCGCAAGUGGGGAGCCCGCCGUCAAACCACUCGGUAUCGAGUUCCAUCUCGAGGCCGUCCCCGUGCGUGAUCGACGACGACCUGAUGGACGAAGCCAUCAUGGGGCUCGGGAAGUGAAACCUGGGUCAGCAAACGUGUGCAGUAUUCUCCGAAACUGUGCUCUCACAGCUGCCUUCAUUGUACAGCGACAGGGUGAUCCACUGCCUCCGAACUGGUGUCGCAUGCGUUGCCGGCUCCUUACGAAACGGUGACGGGGAGCCAGGCGUUGUGGAUGUGCAAUGUUUUAAAAGAUGGCUCGGACACAUCGAGGGUAUUGCGACGCUCUGUGCACCUUACUUUCAGCUCAGAUAGUGUUCUCUUCACUGAUGCUCGCUCAGUUCUCGUCUACUGCUAUUUUUAAAACUGUUUUGUUGGUUUUGGACUCCCUUAGGAAGUAGGAGAUUGCCUCACGACCAGUUCAGCGGUUUGUUGUCUCCAUGCGACUUUCACCAGUGACACUGCUUUUAAUCCCAAGAAUACCUGUGCACAUUGUUGGAGACUGCAGUGUAUAGACGGCAAACUGUAGAAACCUAGGCACAAUUUCCGAGCAUCUUAAGUUUUUGUGUGCCCUUCGAAUAUUUCGUGCGACAGUUUUAUGUCGCGACUCGCCGUGUAUAAUGUAUAAUAGAACAUAGUACCCAUGCAUCUAUAACCUGCAACAUAAAAGCUCGUCUCUGUAAUCGUCAGCAUUUCCUUCAGCCCGUUUUUUUUUUUUGUUCCAAAAGUUCAUACCCAAUGGCAAGUGCAAGGUGGCAGCAUACACUCUUUUCAUGUGUACAUAUAUUUAAUAUAUACAUUGGACGGUGGCCUUCCAUUUGACAAAAAAAAGUGUCUUCAUUAAAGCCUUUGAACAUAA